CGAAAGCCCAAUAAACGAACAAAAGUAUAUACAAAACGCAAGUUAAUAAAGAAAGCCACCUUCUAUUCUUCUUCUCCAUUUUCAUUCCUUUCAGCGAAUAAUCCUUUUUUCUUUUUGUUCCUCUAAUUUUUUCUCUCUUUGAUUUCAUCUCCUUCAUUGGUGAAUUCGUAUUAUCUUACUCCGUCUUCUUUCAAGGAAACCCAGAAUCAGUUUGGGUAAGAGAUACAGAUCGGUUGCUUCGUCUUUUUUUCUUUGAAUCUGAUGGAGCAGCUGAUCAACUUCAUCAUUCGUCCCCCCAGAGCUGAAUACGACCCAAACAAUGAUUUACUAGAAGAUGAGUUCACGCUAAGAGGAAAGUUGUAUCAAAGGAAGGAUCUGGAGGUUAAAAACAGUCGGGGAGAUGUACUUCAGUGCAGUCAUUACUUGCCUAUUGUUAGUCCUGAGGGAAAGCCUCUACCCUGUGUAAUUUACUGCCAUGGUAACAGUGGGUGUCGAGCAGAUGCUAGUGAGGCUGCCAUAAUAUUACUGCCUUCUAACAUCACUGUGUUUGCUCUUGAUUUUUCUGGUUCUGGACUUUCUGGGGGUGAGCAUGUCACGUUGGGGUGGAAUGAAAAGGAUGAUCUGAAAGCUGUGGUUGAGUAUUUGCGGGCAGAUGGAAAUGUCUCUUUGAUUGGCCUAUGGGGCCGUUCUAUGGGUGCCGUUACCAGCCUAAUGUAUGGGGCUGAGGAUCCUUCAAUUGCAGGGAUGGUUUUGGACAGCCCUUUCUCUGACCUGGUUGAGCUAAUGAUGGAACUUGUCGAAACCUAUAAGUUUCGUUUACCUAAAUUCACAGUGAAGUUUGCUAUUCAAUACAUGCGAAGAGCUAUCCUGAAGAAGGCAAAAUUUGACAUCAUGGACCUGAACACCAUUAAGGUGGCAAAAUCUUGCUUUGUACCGGUGCUAAUCGGGCAUGCCAUCGACGAUGACUUUAUACGACCUCAUCACUCGGACCAAAUAUUUGAUGCCUACGUGGGGGAUAAAAACGUUAUCAAGUUUGACGGUGAUCACAAUUCUCCGCGGCCUCAAUUUUACUUUGACUCUAUAAAUAUCUUCUUCCACAAUGUUUUACAACCACCAGAGGACGAAAUAGGGGAUAUUUAUAUUAACGCAAUGCCAUCCUACUUCAGUAAUAAGGAUUAUUGGAGAGCAGUGCAAGAAGCGGGCUCUAACCAUGGUUCCUCCACAACGUCAAGAGAUAUACCAACUAAUAGUACAGAAGGUGCUAUUAAAGAACUCCGUUCAAAAAGAUCUAUGAGCCGGACAGAGGUUCCUCCUGAUCUUCCUUCUGGAGAUCAUCAAUCCCAAUCUCAGGAUCAGAGCACAAGUAAUGACACAGAUUUGUCUUCAGAUAUGAUUAGUUUCGAAUUAUCCAAUGGCCAUCCUUACGGACCCAAUGUACCAAACUUGAUGGACGACGAUCAAUAUGUCGAGUAUCCACUUGAUGACUUGGCAGGAUUCCCGUGCAGUGUCGAGGAGGAAGAAAGGAUGCUCAUGGAAGCAGUAAUGGAAUCAUUGAAGGAUUUCAAAAUGAAAAACGUUCAGGAAGAUAAUCAAGCUUCGAGUGUAUGUACCAACAAUAAGGAUGUUUUGCAGAAGGAUGAAUGUGGAGUUUCACGAAUAGACCAUUGUGGAGUUCUUCAUCCGCAAGCCACCACCACUUCAAAUGACCAUUUUUCUCAGUUUAAAGCAGAAUCUGCUUCAACGUCAGAAGAGUACAGUGUUUCUAUUAAACCAGAAUCUACUUCAGUAGCUAGGGAUUUGGAUUCCGUAUCUGAUCGCUCAUGUUACGAUAAAAGCGAAUCUUCCGCUCUUACUUCUACUACUGGAACUGAAAGUGCAGGGGCCUCCUCUUGUACUAAUACACCAGCAAUUAGCCAAAGUUCAGCUGAAGCCGACUUGUCAGCUAAUACGAAGGCAACCGUAACUGUCGUCCGUAAUCCCGCAAGCCAUAUUAUGGAUGGUUUGAUUCGUCGUUGGGAUCUCAAUUUUUUCAGAAACAAUCAGAACCGAUGAGCCGGGUUUUCUUCUUGUGUUUUGAUCCCCCCUUUUGCUCCCAUGGAAGGUGUGCAAUCUGAUAUUUGUAUUGCUAUGUAACUAAGAUAGUUGAUUUGAUGUUAGUUUGUAAAAAUAUUAGACGCCAGGAAAGGAAAAAGUCGAAAGAAAUGAAGGACUUGUUUGAAGUGUGUGGAAAAUAUUGAAUGUAGCCAUUUCCCCCCCCUCCCCCCACAUUUUGCAAACAGUUUAUACCAAUAUUUGGUACAUGAUGUUGAUGGUUCCUUCUGAAAAUA